AAAGGGCCAAGUUGGAAGACUCCUGCUUUAAAGCAAAACUUGUUUUAACAACAUCUGCUUGUGUUUGUGCAUUAUGCUAAAUCUAGUUACUAUAACAGUCACAUUUAUGGGUUCACACAAUACAAUACACUGAACCACAAAAGAUAAGCCCAGAUUCAAACUAACCAAGCUUAUGUAUUUUGCAAAUGCAGCCACUAGAUGUUUAAUUGACUUGUUAAGUGAGUUGUAGAACACCUUAUCAUUUUCCCUGAAAUUUCCUAUGGCUAGUUAACAUUUCCUUCACUCCUUUUGUACCCAGCAUCCAAAACUCAUUGGUUGUGUUUGCGCAGUUUGCAAACCCUAGUUUACCUAAUCCUAGUUUGCUCAUUUAACCCAACUAUCUCAAUUUGCAUAGGGCAAACUAUUGAUUAGUCACACCCACUGCAUUCACACAACAGGGCAACCCCCCAAAAAAGAUGGUCAAGUUUGUGGCUCUGUCCGGGUCUUUUUGAAAAUACGAUAGUAACAUUAGCAACUGAGUUGUCUUUUUCUCUGCUUGGAUCUGUUUUUUAAGGCAUCUGAUUUCGGUUCCUGGGGAGCACAUCUGAAUCGAGGGCAGAAGAUUCCUAAACUGACCCAGCAGAAUCCAGAGGCCUUGCAGGGCUCCGCACAGCAUUUUGGGAUGAAGCUGAAAUGCAACUUGGGCGCAAAAAUUAAGGAAUGCCCUAUAACUUUAAGGAGAUCUCUCACCCCCAAAAGGAAACCAGUUAAAUUAGCACAGGAUGGACCUCAAAUUGAAAAGGUGGUGCCUCUCCCGUCACCAGAAGCUCCUUCGUUAAAAGCUAAUCCCAGUGACUUGCCUGCUUCUAAUGCCAAGGAACUUACAGCUCUUCUUCCUUCUUCGUUUCCAGACCUGGCUGGUACUCAGCUCUGUUUUCCUGGUCCGAAACCGAGACUGCCAUCAUUGGACCGGUUGCGAUGGCAAAAGCAGACAGUAACGAAACGUUUGAGCAGUUUGGAUGCUGGGUGGCUAGACAGGUGCCAAGGUACAAAAUUGGAGAGCAGAGAGGAACAAAUCAAAGACUUCAGUUUGGACCCAAUUAAUGGGACGGAGCUAUGCCGAGGAUUGCCAGAACGCAUUUCUUUCCAAACACAGACUCCCUUUUUCCAACCUGGAGAAAGAAAAUGGGGAAAGGAUUGCAAAUCUCUUCAGGAAAACCGUCAGCAGGGCGUGUUGGAGAGGCAAAAUCCCGAAGGCCUCAAUCCAGCGAGCGCACAGGAUAAUAAUCCAGCUUCAGACCAAGAAAGGAUCGGUGUAGUCUUCCAGGAAACCAGUGCUGAAAUUCCCACUGCCGAGCAGAUGCAGAGCCUGAAAACUGGCAGAAAAGAUGGCAACUGGAAAACGGAGGAGCCUCUCCUGCAAGGCGCUUCAUCCAGGCUGGGGGGUGAUUUGUGUGAUGGGGAGAGCGGGCAGCCUCCCCUUACCCAGGCAAGGAAAAUAUCAAGCAGGAAGAGGCAUCUGGAUCCUGCAGCUGACGAUGAAGUUGCUCUGGGCAGUUCCAAACACGGCGUUUGUGCCAAGCGCCAAAGGACUAAAGAGCGGGUUGUCAAAAAACUGCGCCCUGUCAGUCAAAAGCCAGGAAAGGACGAAUACGACUUUGACCAAGACCCUGUCAAAGUGCAAGAGGGAAAAAAGAAGAUGUCUCCGCUUCUUUCUGAAAAUAUAUUUGGAGACCUCCUUGAGGAAAACGGCCCGAAGAGGAGUGGGAAGUCCGUCACUCCAAGCUUCAGGCAGCCACCGAAGAAAUGUGGCAAUUUUGUCCGGCUCAAUAUGAAAACGAAAUCCCACGUAAAGAGUUGCAGCUUGAAGGGAAAACACCUCCGCAAGCAGGUGUGGAAGCAGAAGUGGCAGAAAAAGGGGCAACUGUUUGGUGGAGGUGGCAGGCUUGUGGACCGGAGUAAUGACACUUGCUUCAAAUGCGGGGGACGUGGUCACUGGUCUUCCCAGUGCAAAGGUCAACUCCCUGCUCCUGAGAGCCAGCAGGAAGAGGAUAGCUGUGCUGCUGAAGAGGAAGUGCCCUUGUUAACUCUGGAGGAAGUGGCUCGGAUGACCAAUACGGCUUACACGAGAAUUGCAGCAAAGGGUGAGAACGGCCAAGAAACCCUGGAGCCGUCCGCUCAGGAAGAAAGUUACCUGCAAAUAGGAAGGCCUGCCUCUGAAACAAUCACUCCAGCUGCACCGAUGGAGCCUUUCUACAAAUUGGGGCCAGAUAAGAAAGUGAGAGAUACGCCUCCCGAAGUCUUCCAAGCAUUGGCUGAGCUGGGUUAUACUUCCUUCCGGCCAGGACAGGAAACGGCAGUCAUGAGAAUACUCUCAGGGCUCUCCACCUUGGUGGUCUUGUCCACAGGGAUGGGAAAAUCUCUCUGCUACCAGCUGCCUGCCUAUCUGUACGGCAAACGGUCCCCGUGCAUCACGUUGGUGAUCUCUCCCUUGGUGUCCCUGAUGGAUGAUCAGGUCUCCGGCCUCCCUCGGCGCCUGAAAGCGGCCUGCGUCCACUCCAGCAUGUCGAAGGCUCAGAGGGAGGCUGCCAUGGAGCGGGUAAAAGCCGGGAAAGUCCAGGUGCUCCUGCUGUCCCCCGAGGCCCUAGUUGGGGGGGGCCUCUCGAGUGGCAGCUGCCUCCCCCCCGCGGAUCAGCUUCCCCCCGUGGCUUUCGCCUGCAUCGACGAAGUGCACUGCCUGUCCGAGUGGUCGCACAAUUUCCGCCCUUGCUACCUCCGGCUCUGUAAGGUUCUUCGGGAACGGUUGGGUGUGCGGUGCUUCUUAGGCCUGACAGCCACCGCCACCGUUUCAACGGCAGGGGACGUGGCCCACCACUUGGGCAUCCCGGAGGGUGAAGGGCUGGCUGUGCGUUCUGCUGCGGUUCCUCCAAACUUGUGUCUCUCCGUCUCCACAGACAGAGACAAGGAUCAAGCUCUCGUACGUUUGCUGCAAGGGGAGAGGUUUGGAAGCCUGGACUCCAUCAUUGUGUACUGCACGCGCCGGGAAGAGACGACGCGGAUUGCAGCGUUCAUCCGCACGUGUCUGCAGGGGGUGAAGCUGAGAGGCCCCCCCUGUGAAGCAGAGCAAGAGGCGCAAGACCGUCUCCCUGGAAAAAGGCCAAAAGCCAAAGCUAAAAAGAGCCUCCGCCGCCCUCUGAAAUGGAUUGCCGAUGCCUACCAUGCCGGGUUGUCGGCCCACGAACGCCGCCGGGUGCAGACCAGCUUCAUGUCUGGGCAGCUGCGGGUGGUGGUGGCCACCGUGGCCUUUGGGAUGGGCUUGGACAAGUCGGACGUGCGCGGGGUUGUGCAUUACAACAUGCCCAAGAACUUCGAGAGCUACGUGCAGGAGAUCGGGCGGGCGGGGCGGGAUGGCCAGCCCGCCCACUGUCAUCUCUUCCUAAACCCGGAGGGUGAGGAUUUGCAUGAAUUGAGGCGCCAUAUUUACGCAGACACGGUUGACUUCUUCACCAUCAACAGGCUGGUGCAGAUGGUUUUCCCACGCUGCAGAUGCCGAGAGCUUCACCAGAAGCAGCAGGACCUCAACAAGGGCUGUGAAGUGGAGGAUGCGGAGAUGCUGACGGCCCUAGAAGGAAGUUCACAAAAGCCCCUUGACCCAGAACAGGAGCAGUCACGAAUAUGCUAUAAACACGAGAGGGCUGUCCCCAUUCAACAGACGGUGGAAGCCCUGGAUCUCCGAGAAGAAGGCAUAGAGACGCUUCUGUGUUACCUGGAACUGCACCCCUGUCGCUGGGUAGAGCUGCUGCACCCCACUUUCUCUUCGUGCCGGGUUUCGUGCUACAGAGGUCCUCAGCAGCUGCGGACAGUGUCUCGAAGGUGCCCUCCGCUUGCGGUCUGCUUGGCCCAGCAGCGCCUGAAAGGGAGCACAGCCAUCCAGGCCAGCUCUGUGGAGUUUGACGUCAGUGCCCUGGCCGACUCCAUGGGCUGGGAGGUCCUGCCUGUCAAACGGGCUCUACGACAGCUGCAGUGGAACACCCAAUGGCAGAAGGGUGGCCAGGGGCCUCGGAAGAGUGAGAUCCUGGUGGAAUUCAUGGAACUCUCCUUCCACCUGCGCUCCUACGGGGAUCUCAGCGACGAUGAGCUGGAUGCGGUCUGCGAGUUCCUGUACCGGCGAGUCGCGAGUCGCGAAAAGGCAGCCCUCCAUCAGCUCCGAGUCUGCUUCCAGGCUUUUCAGAGCGUGGCUUUCCCUACUUGUGCCUUGUGCUGUGACUGUGCAGACCAGGAGAGGAGCAGCCAGUUGAAGUCUCUGCUGAUGGGCUAUUUCGAGAGGCAGCCGGUGCUGGGGGAGCCCUCCCUGGGCGCAGAGCCUGAAGCUGAUCAAAUCCAGGAUGUUCAGUUUCAGGAAUGGGAGCAGCAAAUCCAAGCUGACGUUCGCCACUUCCUCUCCAUCCGUCAAGACGAAAAGUUCUCGGGCAGGGCCGUGGCCAGGAUUUUCCAUGGAAUUGGGAGUCCAUGCUACCCAGCUCAGAUUUACGGACGAGACCGUCGUUUCUGGAGAAAAUACCUUCGCUUUGACUUCCAUAAGAUCAUGCGCUUGGCCACGGAGGAGAUCGUCCGCUGGAAGUGAACUGAGCUGGGCAGAAUCUGGAGAGGAGAAGCCCCAUCCGUCGCACGGCUGCUUCGUCCCUCCUGGCUAUGAAAAGGAGACGGCCACCCUGCCAGCGUUAAAUCCCUGGAAGACUUUUCUUCAUCUGCCCCACCGACUUUGUAGAACGCUUGGACAACUGCCCAGCUUUCUACAAAGCAGGUGGGGCAGAUGAAGGAAGGUCACCGUUCUCCCGACCUUAAACAAGGGUUAGUCGGGAGUCCUUUUAAAAAGAAAAUGGGUUCAGUCCAAAAAUAUGAAACGCUACACAUUUUGGCAAAUCUUAAAGAGCCUUCCUUCACCUCGUGGCUUUUGCUCUGCGAAUUCUGGCAAUGAUGGGGUUGGACUGAGGAUUUAAGGAGUGGGUAAGGCAUUGAUUGGUGGUCUUCAAUAUUUUUUUGACGAACAGAUAUUUCCUCUUUCUCAGGAGAAUUGGAAUUCCUGAUUUGCCUUCUGACCUUUGAACUGGACGACAAACGCACACGCUGCUUAUUUGCACCAGGCAAUAUUAAGUAAGCACCUCUAAGGAAGAAAAGAGGAAUGAUUUUGUACUGGAACUUGAUCUGAAUAAAACACAUUUUUUUUACUUAACCUAACCUAUCGCGUUUGCUUUUUUCUGUUCUUUACUAUAUAAAUAGCAUGAAGUUUUAAAAUAAGCUUAAUCUUUUCUCAUUUGAGUGGGACAUUAAAGUUUUGUAUAAGCACCGUGUAUAGUCAAGGCCAUGGUUUUCCCAGUUGCAACGUAUGGCUGUGAAAGUUGGACCAUAAGAAAGGCUGA